CCGGCGGCGCGCGCUCGCGCGCGCACCCAUCCGCACACCGUACCUCCGCUCCUGCCCAGCCUCUCCUGCCCCCCGCGAGUGCCGAACCCCCUGGGGCCGGAUGCCAUGGGUAACAACUUCUCCAGUAUCCCCUCUCUGCCCCGAGGAAACCCGAGCCGGGCGCCGCGGGGCCAUCCCCAAACCCUCAAAGACUCCAUCGGCGGCCCCUUCCCUGUCACCUCUCACCGAUGCCACCACAAGCAGAAGCACUGCCCUCCGGUGCUGCCUGGCGGGGGGCCCCCGGCCACGCCGCUGCUCUUCCACCCGCACACCAAGGGCUCCCAGAUCCUCAUGGACCUCAGCCACAAGGCCGUCAAGAGGCAGGCCAGCUUCUGCAAUGCCAUCACCUUCAGCAACCGCCCAGUCCUCAUCUACGAGCAAGUCAGGCUGAAGAUCACCAAGAAGCAGUGCUGCUGGAGUGGGGCGCUGCGGCUGGGCUUCACAAGCAAGGACCCGUCCCGCAUCCACCCUGACUCGCUGCCCAAGUACGCCUGCCCCGACCUGGUGUCCCAGAGCGGCUUCUGGGCCAAGGCGCUGCCUGAGGAGUUUGCCAACGAGGGCAACAUCAUCGCUUUCUGGGUGGACAAGAAGGGCCGUGUGUUCUACCGCAUCAACGACUCAGCUGCCAUGCUCUUCUUCAAUGGGGUCCGCACGGCCGACCCGCUCUGGGCCCUGGUGGACGUCUACGGCCUCACGCGGGGCGUGCAGCUGCUUGACAGCGAGCUGGUGCUCCCGGACUGCCUGCGGCCGCGCUCCUUCACCGCCCUGCGGCGGCCGUCAUUGCGGCGCGACGCCGACGAGGCGCGCCUCUCCGUGAGCCUGUGCGACCUCAACGUGCCGGGCGCCGACGGCGACGACGCCGCGCCGGCCGCCGGCUGCCCCAUCCCGCAGAACUCGCUCAACUCGCAGCACAGCCGCGCGCUGCCCGCGCAGCUCGAUGGCGACCUGCGCUUCCACGCGCUGCGCGCCGGGGCGCACGUGCGGAUCCUGGACGAGCAGACCGUGGCGCGCCUGGAGCACGGGCGCGACGAGCGCGCGCUCGUCUUCACCAGCCGGCCCGUGCGCGUGGCCGAGACCAUCUUCGUGAAGGUCACACGUUCGGGCGGCGCGCGGCCCGGCGCGCUCUCCUUCGGCGUCACCACGUGCGACCCCGGCACGCUGCGGCCCGCGGAUCUGCCCUUCAGCCCCGAGGCCCUGGUGGACCGCAAGGAGUUCUGGGCCGUGUGCCGCGUGCCCGGGCCCCUGCACAGCGGCGACAUCCUGGGCCUGGUGGUCAACGCCGACGGCGAGCUGCACCUCAGCCACAACGGCGCCGCGGCGGGCAUGCAGCUGUGCGUGGACGCCACGCAGCCGCUCUGGAUGCUCUUCGGCCUGCACGGAGCCGUCACGCAGAUCCGCAUCCUCGGCUCCACCAUCCUGGCAGAGCGGGGCAUCCCGUCACUCUCCUGCUCCCCUGCCUCCACGCCAACCUCGCCCAGUGCCCUGGGCAGCCGCCUCUCUGACCCCCUGCUCAGCACGUGCAGCUCCGGACCUCUGGGGAGCUCUGCUGGUGGGACGGCCCCCAACUCCCCAGUGAGCCUGCCUGAGUCGCCGGUGGCCCCAGGCACAGGACAGUGGAGCGAUGAGUGCACCAUUUGCUAUGAGCACGCAGUGGACACGGUCAUCUACACGUGUGGUCACAUGUGCCUCUGCUACGGCUGUGGCCUGCGCCUCAAGAAGGCUCUGCACGCCUGCUGCCCCAUCUGCCGCCGCCCCAUCAAGGACAUUAUCAAGACCUACCGCAGCUCCUAGCCUGUGGCACCCCACCCUGCACGCCUGCCUCCUC